GACAAUCAUUUGGAGUUUCUAGUCUCAUCUUCUCUCUCUCUUCACCCAUGGCAUCAACCACACACCACACCACUCCCAGCAUCAACUGUGCCCAGAGAGAGAGAGAGAGAGAGAGAGAGAGGGAGAGAGAGUUUAGUCAGAGAUUCACUGGUCUCUGUUUCCCUGUUUCUUGGUUGCUGUUGUCACCAGAUUGAAACCCCAUUUCAGUUACAAGAACCCUGCCUUCUUCCAAUCGUGGUGGUUUGGAGCUCAUUCUUGGAACCAAGAAUGGAAGCUCCUCUUCUCAAGGCUCUCUCACAUUUUAUCAACCAUUUGGAAGGUCGAAACUCCUAGCUCAUAUUUCAAGAACCCGCCAUGGAAUCGGAUCUUCAACAGCAGCCCGGUAUCUUCUCCUCCAAUUAUCAACCCCAGCAGCACAACAACCAACCCGGCAACAACUCGGGGUUGUCCCGAUUCCGAUCCGCCCCGAGUUCAUACUUCAAGAACUUACUGGACAGCUGCGAGGAUUUCCUCAACAGGCCUUCGAGCCCCGAGACGGAGCAAAUUUUCGCGCACCUCAUGUCCUCCUCCGCCUCGGGCGGCGGCGGAGGCGGAAACGUUUUUGGGUCGAUGAAGACCGAGGCAGACGUUCUUCAGCAAGAACAGAGCAACUUCUCCUCUGCUGCUGCUUCGCAAAACUUCUAUCAGGGGUCGUCUCAACUGCAAAACCAGAGCAUGGAAUACAAGGUGGUGGGCUCGAUGGGUAUGGAUCGAUCGCCGUCCAUGAAAACGGGGAGCAAUAACUCUUCGAAUCUCAUCAGGCAAAGCAGUUCACCUGCCGGAUUGUUCUCCAACAUAAACAUCGACGGGUAUUCUGCUUCGAGACGCGUAGAGGAUUUCGUCAGCCGCGGCACUGCAGGAGAAUCAUCCUUCUCUCCGGCAAGCCGGCUUGGCAACCACGUCAACUUCUCAUCCAGGCCGCCCCCUUCCUCGUCCGGAAAGGUGAGCCCGGUUGCUGAUAUGGGAAAGAAGAGCAUGGAUAUCAAUAGCCCUGAAGGGGGCGAUUUCGGCGAUGGCCAUGGCAACAACUACAUCACGGGUUUCCCCAUCGGCUCAUGGGAUGACCCGGUGGGUCUUUCGGACAAUUUCGCCAGCAGAGAUGAGGAUGAAAAGGGAUUUUUGGGUUUAGAUUCAUCAGAAACCGAGGAAGGGAAAGGCAGAGUUCCAGGUCUUUUAGCUCGCCACUUGAGUUUGCCGUUGAAAAGUUCCGCGGACAUUGACAAGCUUUUGCAGCUCCAAGAUUCUGUACCGUGUAAAAUUCGCGCCAAGAGGGGUUGCGCUACUCAUCCUCGCAGUAUCGCGGAGAGGGUGAGAAGAACCAAAAUCAGCGAAAGAAUAAGGAGACUACAGGAUCUUGUUCCGAACAUGGACAAGCAGCAAACAAACACGGCAGACAUGUUGGACCUGGCCGUUGAGUACAUCAAGGACCUUCAAGAACAGGUUAAGAUGCUCUUGGACGAUCGCGCAAAGUGCACUUGUUCAAGCAAGCAACAGCUAUAGCACAAAAAGGAAGGCCAAGAAGUCACUUGCGUACAGAACCACAUCGCAUUUGGAGAGGGAGUGUUGAGUAGUGAUGGACAAGAAGAGAUGUCUCUGUCCAUUGUAAAAGAAGCUAAAGCCAGAACAAUGUGUUGUUUUGUUCCUUGCUCUGCAUAGACUGAACCUCUUUGGUGCCCACUGUCAGUCCCCACACUGUUAAAA